CGUCGUAUGUCGCAAAAGGUAAUAUUGCUUCGUCAGCAUGAUGUGCCAGAGGGAUAGCAUCGGAUAGAUAGCAUCGGAUAGAUAGCAUCGCAUAGAUAGCGCAGUAUUCCGGCUAGUGAAAGGUGUGUUUAAGUUUUAAUCGAUACAUUAUCUUUGCACACAUGGAAACCAAUGUGCGUGUUCACUUCAUCACAUAUCAAGUUUUAAAGUCGGUCCUAAAACAUCCGAUUUUAAAAUGUGAAGUUUGUAUUACGUUUUGAUAAAACAGGCGUUUAUUAUGUUCUAUCCAGGAUUCAUUUUCUGGCGUCCUUUCGUCCUUAUGACACACCUGUUAUGGCUGAUAUUUUUAUAUUUUAAGGGAAUAACUUUUACAUUGUUUAAAUUUUGCGAGAAGAUUUUCACCGACGUCGAAAACGGUUGGUAAAAUCACAUUAGCACAAGAAAUAUAAAUGCUUUCCUUUUUUUUUUUUCUUUCUUAUUUUUAUAGAUAAUAGUUUUUUAGUUUUGACAAAGUAAACACAUCUUUUUUAAAAAAAAAAUCCUGACUCAUCAAAAUACACACAUUAAAAUUAAGAAUGGGCUCGCCCAAAUAAAUUUACACAAACACGUCGAGAAUAACAACGUGUGAAAAAAAGGACUGGGUACAAUGUUGUUUGAUUAACAGUCACUCGAAUCCCUAAAUCGCAUUCUCUAUUUUUCCUAAAGUAGAAAUCCUUUUUGAGCCUAUUAACAUAUCUCUGGCGCCAUUUUUGUUACUCUGUCGUUUGGAUUGUAUUUAUAAAUGUAUGAAGUCUGAAAAUGUAAAAAAAAUUAAGUGUGCCAACAAUGAGAAUUUUGAAACCCACUAAAUCGUUUAAACACAUGACGAGAAAACAGCAUACUGUUAGCAUAUUGCGGUCUCGUGUUCGAAUAACCUGAACUUGCAAAAAACUUGCAAAACUUUUAAGCAAAAGCUGAACUGAAAAAAACUUGAUUACAAAAACAAUGUACAGUUUUCUUUUAAAGCUGUCAAAAUUAAAAGUGAAUGUAUAUAUUGAUUGCAGUGUCAUAUUUCUUCUAAUCUCUGUUGUUAUUUCGCGUGACACGUCCUGUUGUAAUCCUACUUCAUCCCCAGCCUCCUUUUGCACUAGGAAAAGUCCUAUUUUUCUUAAAUUAACAAAUAUAAAUAUUUACAAAAGAAUUUGUACAACGUGUGUUUCUGAACAACUCCGAUAUGCGAAUAAAAAUGUUUUUGAAAAACGAGGUUGGCACGUACGCAGACCGUAGGGACCAAAAUCUAUUAGGGGAGGAGAAAGAAGUAACGAUGUAGUGUCACGUCGAGGGCUAUCAUGGCUGACAAGUUUAAAGACGUAGUUUCUAAGGCGCCAAACCACUAACAGUGUCACAGAUUACUCACAGAAAAAUAGGUUACAAUGUCGCUAUCACUUGAUUUAUUGACGGUUGAUCAUUCCAAAAAAAGAUCUGUUUCGUUUGCCGAACCAGAAGCUGAUACGAAAAGCAUCGAAUUGUCUGAUGAAACCGAGGCGUUAGUUCGGAAAGAAUGGCGAAGUCGAAAAAUAUCCAGACCGCGUAUGACAUCAGUGUUUUAUAUGGUUAACUCUAAGUUUGCAGGUGGUAUUAUAACACGUGCAAAUUAUAUGACACGUUGUUUCCAAACCGCCUGGGAAAUGAACAGAGCUGAUAUUCCUGCUUUAAAAAUAUUACUUUGGAACGGAGAAAGCUCACAACAAACUGUCUGGGUAGCUGUGUUAGGAUUGGUGUGCCAGUGGAUAGUCCCUUUUUUACCUUUGUUGUUUUUAAUAAAUGCGAUAACCGCAGCUCGUUCAUUUCAAAUCAUUGUAUGGGGUAUUUUAGUUUUGGAAAUAAUUAUGUUAAUAUGGCACGCUAUUGUAUUAUACGUACUUUUGAAAAACGAAAGAAACUGGAGACAAGCUUGGUUUUCAUUCGAAGUACCAAGUGGGACAAUCGGAUUGGUCGAUUCUGGAGAAUCUCAUGAAUUAACUUUAUUCCAUUUUAGCGCGAAUAUUCGUUUUAUAAAAACUAGUUUUUCUACUAUAAGUAAGCUGCAUACGAUAUCUAAACAUGAGCAAGUUAUAUUGGAACAAAAUAUGAGGUUUCGACAACUGGAAAUAGCUGAAGUUAUUUUAUAUACAGAAUGCUUUUUAGAUUGUUACAGCAAAUGGCCAAGAUAUAUGACCAUUGGUCUAUUCAGUGCGACCUUGCUAAGUGUUGGAUUUGUUAUUUAUUUUCUUGGAUGCCAUUAUAGAUAAAUGGAAAACGAAAAAGUGACGUGACCGAUCUAAUUAAGCAACAUUUAUAGUGAGGCGUUUCUGGAACUGUCAUUUUCGUGCGAUACAGAAUAUAGAAACACUCGAUUUAAACGCACAAAUUUUCAUCAACAUGGACAGAGUAAGCAUCAGCCGUAUAUAGGUAAAGUUUUUAAAAGACGCGUUGUUUAGAUCCUAGCUGUAGAAAAUCGUAAAAUCAUGAAACAGCACACAAAAUAAUUGAUGAAUAUUUUUUUUCAAAAGGUGGAUCCCACGUGCAGUAAAUUCGUGAUUAAACAAAUAUUCUUUAUUUACAUUUCACCAUGAUGAAACUGUGAGGCUAAUCCAAAAUGGUAUGCAAAUGUUUACUUAAAGAUGGUAGCCAUUAGCCAAUAUUUUGAUCUCAUUUAUGGAUCGCUUUGGUGUGAUUCUUUUUACAGAACAGUUAACGAAGUUAGAAUUUAAUCCUUUAUGAAACAAAAACAUCUUGUUUAUUAUACUUGUAAAUACAAAGAUAUUUUUCUAUCCCGUAUGUUACAACUAAAAUUUGCUUAUCUUUUUCUGUCUCAAAAUGAUAAGAAUUAGCGACAUAAUGAAAAAGUACUAAUGAAUGAAAUGAUAAGGCUUGCGUCAUUGAUUCUUUUGGCUGGGAAUGUAGAGGGGGGAGUACCUUGGACUUGAAAAAAUUUAUAACAGUAAAAGAUUAGGCCUACUGAUCAAUACGUGAAAAAAAAUAUUUUGGCAGAUAUAUUUAUUUUUCUUUCUUGUCAAAUGGCUAAUAUGAUUAGAAAAAUUCAACACCCUUCUUGGUAGCAAAUAAUUUAAAAAUUUUGGCCCAAAAACGACUGUGAAUUGCAUUAUUUUUAAAAAAUAUGGGGGAGGGAUCACAGGAACUUUUAAUAUCAAUAAAAUGUAUGCCUAAGACGUAAAGAAUCAUUUUAAUUAUCACUAAAUGACUGGUUUUUCGAUCCCUUUGUCCUUCCAAUGCAUGCAAAUGAGCAAACGUUGUCUUACCACCAGCCGCCGCCCUAACUUAUUAUUUCAUUUUUAAAGGUUUUGUUAUCAUAUACCAUUUGUUUUGAGAUCAGUUAUGACUUGUUUCUUUUCUAACUUAUUUCUUUGUACCUACUCGUCAUCUUUAACCUCGAUCGGUGAGAGACAAAAAGCCCUGGGGAUGAGAUUGCUUUAACAUAGUACCGCGGGAACCAAAGCUAGCCAAUUUCGCGUGUUUUUUUACCCUAGGUGCGUUAUCAGAAAUCCACGAAUAAGUGACUAAAUUUCCGUCCGACAUUUUGUACCUUACAUUUUAAAAUUCCACGAAAUCUCACAAAACAAAGAGAAAGACAUAGAAUUAAAAGAGACAGAUAAUUCGCUUUAGUGUUGUUCUUUGUUUCUUCUUGAACCAAAAAUUCGGAAAAUGGGUGGAAAAAGAAACCAAAUUUUUAAAACGAGGCUCAAAGCUAAAAUAACAACAACUAUUGUUUAUUUUUUAUGUAUUUUUAGACAUCAACAGAAAUUUGUGCUGAUUCAUCAAUUUUAAUGAUUCGGGAUGCUGGAAGUUUCUUUAAAAAUUGCAAUGAUAAGUUUCCUAAAAAUAGAUAAAUACGUCAUGAUAUAUUUAUAACAACAUAAAGUAAAAUAAAUAGCUGCAAAAGUACUACCUCUUUGCAAUAAAUAUGCAUUAAAUUGCCUAGUUAAAAAUGAUCGCCAUUUCCCCGCCCAUGGCUUAUAACUAAAUUUUGGCUGUUCGCCAUUUUCUAGACGUAAGCAAUGUUUUGUUAUCUAAAGCCUAUAGGUUUUUAAAAUGUCUAUGAUAAACACGCUGUUAAAAUCGUGAAAAAUGAAGUUAUGUGCCUGGAAAAUGUUUCUUAAUUGAGACUUAGUCCUAAAAAAUAAGGGAGAAAAUGUGAUUUAAAUUUAAGGUUAGUAAAACCCGUAGCUAACUGUUACGAUUUUAAAACAAAACACAGACGAC